GAUUUCCGAAGUUCGUUCUCUGUCUGACAGAAGUUUAUUGGAGAUGUUGAUACGUCCUCUAGUGAUUGAAAAUAAAAUUUAUUUGAAAUAAUCCAUGAUCAUAAUAAACAUAACCACAAGACAGCAACAACGUGCUGUUGAAACAAAACAGUAUAAAAAAAUAAAUGAACAUGGAUGUCGAAGCAUCAGCAAGUGGAGACUCUUCAACAGAAAAACUACCCGGGAUGUCUACUAAAAAACCCACUUGUAUUAUCGUCCUAGGAAUGGCGGGUUCAGGAAAAACGACAUUCGUUAAUUCUGUUGUGACACAUCUUUACAAAACUGGUACUCCGUAUGUCAUAAAUUUAGAUCCAGCUUGCAGAGAAGUUCCAUAUCCAGCAAAUAUUGACAUCAGAGAUACUGUAAAUUAUAAAGAAGUAAUGAAACAGUAUCGUUUGGGCCCCAAUGGCGCAAUUGUGACGACGUUAAAUUUAUUUUCGACAAAAUUUGACAAAGUUAUUGAACUGAUAGAUAAAGGCAGCGACAAACAUGAGUACGUGAUAAUAGAUACGCCAGGACAGAUAGAAGUAUUCACAUGGUCGGCAAGUGGUUCGAUAAUAACUGAAGCACUUGCAUCACAAUUUCCUACAAUUGUCGUGUAUGUUAUGGAUGCUGUCAGAAGCCAUAAUCCUGUGACUUUUAUGUCAAAUAUGCUGUACGCUUGUUCUAUUCUUUAUAAAACUAAACUGCCAUUUGUUGUUGUUAUGAACAAGAUUGAUAUUAUUGACCAUAGUUAUGCUGUUGAGUGGAUGGAAGAUUUCGAAGCAUUUGAAAAUGCCUUGAAUGCAGAAACAAGUUAUAUGGGUAAUUUAACAAGAAGUAUGGCGUUGACUUUAGAUGAAUUUUAUCGUCAUUUAAAAAAUUGCGGGGUAUCUGCACGUGAAAAUAGAGGCAUUGAUGAUUUUUUCCAUUUAAUUGAAGAAGCUGUCGGUGAAUACAAAUCAGUUUAUAAAAAGGAAUGGGAUAAAUUAAAAGCUAAAAAAGGUGAUGAAGUAAAGGAAAGAGAAAAAUUAUUAAACGCAGCUGUGGCUAAAAGUAAUCAAGGACAAUCUUCAGUUAAAAUUUUACCCACGGGUACGGAAGUAUUCAGUAAAGUUUUUUUAAAAUCUCCUGGUGAUGACGAUUCUACUGAUGAAGAAGAAGCAGAAAUUGGAAAAUGCGAUGACGAGCAGGAAGAAGAUUUUUUUAAUAAAUUUGUCGAGAAUCAUAAGAAAGUACAGAAUGACAGACAGAUUAAAACUAAAGACGAGUCAUCAAAAGAUUCCUAAUUUUAUAUUUUAUUAAUAAGGUAUUAAUUUGUAA